AAAAUAACCGUUACACGUUGAACAGCGUCCGGUGAAAAAGUUUGUUUGAGUGCGUUCUCUUCGGUGUAAUGUCGGGUUGUGCGAUUAUGGUAACGGUAAUGUAACAUCACGAGCAAAACGUUAAACACAAUAAUUAAAUUUCAUAUAUUUAUUUGUUUUAUAAUAUUACAGUCAUUUUGAUAUCUUAGUUAAUUGCAAAAUUAGUAUAUUAAUGUUUUAUCAGUGUUUUUUUUUUGUUUCUAAAAAUACGUAUUUUAUUUGUAAACGACGAUUAUAAUUCUCGAAACCACAUUUUUGAGUAUUUAUGAUAAUUAUUUAUUUAAAACGAGAUUACAAGACAAAUAUUCCAUUUGAAUUUCUCAAGAGAAGAUAUUAAUAAUAUUGUGUUCCUAAAUUAGAAAUAAUGGAUUUCACAGUAUUCAGAGACCAAGAAAAUGUGAAUAAUGUUAUGCGCAAUAAAGAAAAUGCACCAAGAGAACAACACCUGAAAAGAUCAGUUUUAGGGGUGCUUAAUUCUAGACAACAAAAUAAUUUCAAUAAACAAGUACCAAAAUCUAAGCCCCAGGGAUCAAGUAAGUUUUGUUUUUCAACUAAAGCAACUGUGCCUUUUUCUAUACAUGAAGAUGAACCGACAGAAACAAAAGAAAAUAUUGAGAAAAUUCAGGAAAAAAAAUCUACAUUUGAUAGACCAUUUCAGAUUAAAAAUGAAUGUAAAGUUACUGAAGUUCAGAUCAAUACACAUAGAUUAGAAUUAAGAGAAAGAAAACCACUCUCUGAUGUUGGCCAAACCAUACUUCCAGUUAAUGAAAUUGUUGAAAGUGCUGAUAAUAGUAUAAAACUAAUCGAUGAAUCUGCAGAUUCAAGUUGUGUGUAUUCUCCUAUGUCUGUUGAACAUGAUAAGUCUCUACAAAGUGUUUGUAAUUCUUUGACAGCAUAUCGAUUACGCUGUGAUGUAGAUACCUAUACAACUGAAUUAUACUCAUAUCUUAGGGAUGUAGAGAAAUUGCAUCGCCCAAAGCCUGGUUACAUGAGGAGGCAACCUGAUGUUACUUACAGUAUGAGAGCUAUUUUGAUUGAUUGGCUUGUAGAAGUUGCACAGGAAUACAAAUUACAAAAUGAAACAUUGUACUUGGCUGUUUCAUUUAUCGACCGUUUUCUAAGUUUAAUGUCAGUAGUAAGAGCUAAAUUACAAUUACUAGGCACAGCAGCAAUGUUUGUUGCAUCAAAAUAUGAAGAAAUUUAUCCCCCUGAUGUUAGUGAAUUUGUGUAUAUUACUGAUGAUACUUAUACCAAAAAACAAGUAUUAAAAAUGGAACAGCUCAUUUUGAAAGUUUUAGGAUUUGAUGUCUCAAAUCCUACUAUCAUCAUUUUUGUUACUCAUAUUUGUGUUCACUGUAAUGUUUCCUUGAAGAUCAUGUACCUUGCAAUGUAUUUGAGUGAAUUGAGUUUAUUAGAGGCAGAUCCCUUUUUGUUGUAUACUCCGUCAAUGAUUGGUAGUGGAGCUGUUGCAUUAUCUAGAUUGAUUUUAGAUUAUGAAGAUAUUUGGACAGAAGAAAUGUCUCAAUUAACUAAUUAUUCCUUAAAUGAUUUGAUACCUGUUCUUAAACACUUAAAUCAAACUUAUAAGAAUGCUCCACAUUUACAACAAACUGCUAUUCGGCUAAAGUACAAGUCUACAAGAUAUCAUUGUGUUUCUGAAAUUGAAUAUAAAGAAUUAAGUUUACCCGAAGAAAAUUCUCAGAAAGAAAUGGCAGAAAGACUUAAAAUGGUUGGUGUAAAAGAUGCAUUAUAAUUCUGUCGUUAUUUAUUUGUUUUUUUUUUUUAUUAUUUUUAUUUUUUGUAGUGAACGAUACAUUUUUUUGACACUUUUUAAAAUUAUAUAUUUUUAAGUUUAAAAGAACAAAGUUACGUUCAAAACGAACCAUAAAAACUGGAGAUUGUUUUUAUUUCGUAUCUUAAAAUCAUGUGUAAAUAUAAAAAAUUUUUUACAUUCUUUUAUCAUUAUAAUUAUUUUUUUACUUAUUUUUAUACAUUUUUUUUUAAUUUUAAAAAUUAAAUUUUAUGAUUCCGAGUUAAAAAAAUAUAUAUAUGUGUGUAUGCAUUUACAAAGAAAAUCAAUAAAAAAAAAACAAUUUCAAUCAAUAAUAAAGAUAUUCACCACAAUAAUCGCAUUUUUGAGGAUACAUUAUUUUUAUUUACAAUGAAAAAAAAGUUUAUUUACCUUUUCUAUAAUAACUUAUACUUGGCUUUAAGUAUGGGUUUUAAAGAUUUGUAGAUUUAUAAUUAUAAUUAUAUAUAUAUAUAUAUAUAUGUAUACAUAUGUUUUUAAAUAAUAAACAAUUUUUAUCGUUAACCUUUCUUGUUAUGCAAUUUUAUCAUAAAAUUAGUACAAAUUACUAAAUGAAACUAUCUGCAUACAAAAUAUGAAAUGCAAAUAAAAUAUUUCUACUAAGAUAUUGUGUCUAUGUGUUAUGUGUUCUUAUUGUAUAGUUAAUUUUUUUUUUCGAAUUUAGUUUUAUUUUUAAUUAAUUAAUAAAAAGUUACAUGAUUUUAUAACAAACAAUAAUUAUUUUUUUAUUUUUGUGUUAAAAGUACAUUGACAAAAAAACUCAUAACAAUAUUUUGUCACUGAGCUACUCUUGAUAAAAAAAAUUUAUUGGAGUUAUAAAAUGAUGGAUUUUUCAAUCUUUGUUAUUUUUGUAUCAAUUUGUAUUUUUGUUUUUAUAAAGUUAAUUAACAAACUAUGUUGAAUAAGUAUUUUUCAAAAUUUUUUUGCAAUAACAUGUACAAUUAUGAACUGUUUUUAUUUCAAUUUUUUUAUUAUUGAUAAAUAAAAUUAUUUCCAAAUACGUUUAA